AUGACCAAGACUGUUGAUGAAGCUAAGGUUCUUAUUGAGAAUCUUGCAGCUAGUGAUUGUAACAACUGUCCUGAUUAUGACCGCUCAAGCCGCACCACUACUAGCUCCCCUGAUUCUUUUCAAAUGACUGAACUCAAGAACAUGAUGGCUCAAGUUCUUAAGGGACAGCUCAAGCAUAUCAAUGCAAUAGAAGGGAUGAGUGAUGCUAAUGAAGACCCAUCAAGAGAAUGCAUGGGAGAUUUCUCUAAUGAAGCCAAUGAAGAAGAUGUGAACUACAUUGGAAACUAUGGGAACAAGGGAUACAAUCCAAGCUAUCGCCCAAACCCCAACAUGUCUUAUAGAAACCCCAAUGUGGAGAAUCCUCAAGACCAAGUGUAUCCUCCAAGGUAUCCACAACAACAAAGACCUCCUUACCAAUCUCAAGGAAGUCAAUUUCAGCCAAGGCAAGGAUAUGAGCAGAGAUCAUCAUAUCCGCCCAAGGAGCCAUAUGCUUCUUCACCAAAUCAAGCUCCUCCAAACCAACAAGGUGGAAGAUUUGAAGGAAUCCUCCAACAGAUCAUGGAUGGCCAGAAGAGAAAUAGCAAAGAGAUGUAUGAGAAGAUGGACACUUUGUUCAGCAAUCUCAACACCAAGUAUGAUGCUGUUGCCACUCAUGUGAAGAAACUAGAGACUCAAGUCACCCAAACUAUGGAAGCUGUUAAGAGACAGGAAGCUGAAUCCAAGAAGUCCUUUUGCAACUCAGCCGCCAUAGAAGAAAGAUUUGAAGAUCAAGUUCCAGAAUGGAUGCUUUCAAAACCUACUGUUGAUUGCAUGAUUUGGCCUGAAGAGUGA